AUGCCAGACGAACGUAUCCAGAUCCUCACAGUCAGCUUGAGUUACUAUCUGACCGGCCAUCGACUCGAGGACGUGAUAAAAAAGGAUUGGACCAAAUCCCCUGACCAAGCGAAACGUUUUAUGAAUGUCGCUUUUGAUUUUGACGGAGAAAAUGUGCCGACCGCUCUGAAUGAAUUAAAGGAGAAACUGUUGCAUCAGCAUUGGGAUGGCAUCCUCGUCGGUUGGUGCAUUCGCGGAAAGCCGCAACAUACAACCAUUUUCGAAGACGUGAUUGAACUCUGCAGAAGUCUUCCGCAAGAAACGAAAAUCCUCUUUUGUACAGGGCCGGAUGACUUGAUGCAAACUACUUUGAGGAACUUCCCUUGA